AUGAUUUUUUUCUUUUAUUUCUUUUUUAACGUUUCUUUUCUGGUUAGUUUUUAUUUCGUUUGUAACUUUGUUUCUUUCUUUUUCUAUUUUUGCUUUUAUCGUAUUUUUCUUUUAUUUAGUUUGUUACUUGAUUUGUUAGUUUCUUUCAGCCUUCAUUCUUUCAUUUUUUCCUUCUUUACUGUUUUUUCUUUUAUCUUUUUUUGUUACUUGGUUUGUUUGUUUCUUUCAUUCCUUCAUUCCUUCAUUCUUUCUCUUUCUUUUCUGUUUUUUCUUUUAUCAUUUUGUUGCUUGGUUUGUUUCUUUCAUUCCUUCGUUCCUUCAUUCUUCAUUGUUUCAUUCUUUCUUUACUGUUUUUUCUUUGUUCUUGUUUGUUACUUGUUUUGUUUGUUUCUUUCAUUCAUUAAUUUCUUUAUUGUUUCAUUUUGUCUUUCUUUUCUGGAAUCAAAUUGUUGCACCUUCUAUCUAUCUAUCUAUCUAUCUAUCUAUCUAUCUAUCUAUCUAUCUAAAACUUUUUCCUUUUCCAUGCUCCCGUCUUCUAAGAAAAUAAUUCAUCGACUACAUCACCUUUCUAUCUAUCUAUCUAUCUAUCUAUCUAUCUAUCUAUCUAUCUAUCUAUCUAUUUAUGUGUUCUGUUUCUCUCAUCUACUUGUCUCCAGCACCCUCGCCUCUUCCUCCCCCCUCUUCCUCCUCCCCUCUUUCUUCCUCCCCCUCUUUCUUCCUCCCUCUCUCUCCCUCCCCUCUCUCCCCCCUCCACCCUAUCUCCCUCCUCUCUCUCUCUCUGGUACUUUUCUUUCUGUAUUUCGACUAACUUACUUUCUUCUGUUUUUUUUUUUCUUUUUGUUUCGUAUAUUCUUCCUCGGUAUCGGUUUUGAUUUCUCCUUUUCUCUUUUGUUGUCUUACAUUUUUAUUGCCAUUUCUCGUUCAUUGCGUUUUGUACGACUUUUUUCUUUCUUUCUUCGCCAUCUUUUCGUUCACUCUUUCUUCUUUCUUCCAUUUCUUUUUGUCUUUUGUAAUUUUUUUGUUGUUUCUCGCUUUUGUUCCUUUUGUUUCGUUGAUACUGCGCCCAUUCCCUUGUGGUUUUUUUUUUUUUUUCAUCUCUUUUGUUUGCUUGUUUCUUUCUUUCUUUGUGUAUUUAUAUACCUUGUAAUUUCUUGUUUUUUUCUUUCUUUUUUCUUUCUUUGCAGUUUCUCUUCCUCUAUUUUGCGCCCCUUGUAUUUGAUCCCUAUUUCUUUUUGUUAUUUAUUUCCUUUUUUUAUUCCAUUUUCUUUCUUCCUUUGUAUUUUUUAUUUCUCUCUAUUUCUUGAUUCACUACAUUUUCUUCUCUUUCUUCAUUUCUGCGCCUUUCCUUUCUUUUUAAUCUCUCUUCUUGUUUUUUGUUUAUUUUCUUUCUUUCUUUCUUUCUUUCUUUGUCUUCUCUCAUUUUAUUUCAUUUUUUUUUUUUCGUUUCCUAUUUCUGGAUUUCCUCCCAUUAAUUUUUACCUCUGUUUUUCUUUUCUUUUCUUUUCUUUUUUCUUUUCUUUUUUUCUUUACUUUACCCACCCCUACUCUACGCAAACGUCAGCUUGCCAUUUUAUCUCUAUCAAUGUAUUUUCCUUUCUUCAAGACACUUUGUUUCUUUCUCUCUCUCUCCCUCUCUGA